UAACGAAAAAAAAAUCACGGAAGAGAUUCGGCAGCGGUUCGAGUCUGACAAGUUUUUUUUUUCUUUUGAGGUAGGCUAGGGAAGAAAGGGGGAAGGAAAAAAAAAAAGGUUUUACUGCAGCUACUGCGAAGUGUCAAUCCGUGCUGUCCCCGUUUUAGGAGCGAAAGCAAAGAUGGAGGCAGCAAUUAAAACCGUAGUGAGUGUCUUCCUGAAGUCAUCCAAGGGCAAGGAAAACCUCGGAGGGAAGGAGUUCCAGGGCCUCGUGAAGAGCCAGCUGAAAAACAUUAUGACGGGCACAGAGGACAAUGAGGCAGUAAAAAACAUGCGUCAACAGCUCGACAACAACCAGGAUGGGAAGGUCAGCUUCCAGGAGUAUAUGAAUCUGAUUGGCUAUCUGGCGCAGUCUCUCAGCGAACAGCGCUGUUUGGAAAAAGAAACACAACCAGAGAGUUCAACCCAGGAGACGCAGGCCGAGGCGGCAGCCAAUGCACAGGCAGAGCCGCCGAAGGCAGAGCCACAGGCGGCAAAGGAGGAGGAGAAAGAAGACGAGCCAGUGGUCGAGGAGGCAGCGGCGACCGAAGAGCAGAAGCCAGAGGAAGAGAAAAAAACAGAUGUGGAACAGGAAGGGGCGAAAGUUGAAGAGAAUAAAGCCGAAGAGAAGAAUAAAACAGAGGAAGCAUCGUAGGAGCUCGAGGAAGUGGAGAUUGUCGCAUCUCAAAUGCUUCUGUGUUUGUUUUGUUCGUCAUUUUCAUUAUUGUGAUGUUUUAAUACGUAUAUAUAUGAAACCUGGCCAAUACACUACAAAUUUCAUUACUGCAAAGAGCCGUAGCCCUAUUAUUACAGUUUUUUACAAUGGCUAGGAUACGUUUCUCAAUACUUUUCAAAACUCUUCACACUGUACACACUUUCACAUCCAAAAUGCAUUGAAAACACCAACACUUAAUAUCAUAACACUAGUGAAGGUUGUCACCAACUAACACUCUUUAGUUAACCCUGAAUCAUUUUGAACCCCAGGCAAAUGUUCUUAUUUGCGGUGUCAGUGUCAUUUAAUGGAUGAACGCAGCACUCAGCUUGUUUAUGGCUCUAGCAUUUUCUGAACAGACUUUUCAGUGGACUAUUCAUCUUUUUUAAUCAUUAUUUUUUAUGGGCGAGACUUCCGGUUCAUUAUCCGCCAUAGGGAAAUAACAAGAAGAAUAACAAUCUGGAGUAAACAGUAAAACAGUUUGCACUACAAACCAGUGUGUAUGUCAAUAUUGUAAGACACACCAAUUUGCAAUAUCAGGCAGCAAAACGAGCUGUUUUGUAGUGUUCGUGGAUGAGACCAGAAGCUAGACACAUAAAAUGUACAAAUGGCCACAUCUACUCUUACAGGAAGAAAAAGGUGGAUAAAGGUAAGGAUAAAACAGUCUCUUAUUCACUCUAAUUUACGGGUUUUCCGUCACUAUUUGACAAUUUCCUCCUCUAAAGCUGAAACGACGUACAACGCGCGUCGUUUCCAAAAGUAUGUGAAUACUAGGGACGCCAUUGCUAAUGCUAAGCAUAACUAACAUGACACGCACAUGAUACACGUUUGCUAGGGUGUUAGUGGUUCGUAACACCGUGCUCUAACCCCUUCUAUAUUACAAAUGUGAAACGUACCUGAAACAACGUUUAAAACGACAAUAACCCAAAGUUAAGCACAGUAUGAAAUGCCCUUUUCACUCAUAAAACGUCCUAAAACAUCAACAAGAGAUGUAGCAUUUUUUUUUAUGUAAAAUUUCUUUACUAACAAAAAUGACACUUGCUUACUGUGUAAAAUUGACUGCAGUAUAUGUUACAUGUUCCAUGAUUAUAGGUUUUGUAGAUCGUAAUGAAAGAUUAACACCUGUGUAGGUGUUCAUUUACAUGUCAUUGUUUUGGAAGCCUCUCAUUUUUUAGAUUUGGAAUAUAUUUAAAUAUAGUGUUACUGUAGAAGUGUAGCAAAUUGCUGUCUUUCUGUUUUGUAUUAUGUGAAGUUUUGAACUCAAAUUGAUUGAGUUGUAAAUGUCCAAAUAGGUACUUUGAAUUUUGGUGGUGGUUGUGUUUGUGGGAGAAAACAAUUAAUGUAAUAUGAGAGACGUUUAGUCAUCAAAUGCAUCUUGUGCUAAAACGAAGAGUUUUGAAAAGGCGACCUAAUAUUGAGAAAUGGAUCUUAGCGAUUGUAAAAAAAAAAACUGUAAUACUAAUUUCUAUUUGUAUGCACAUCAAUUCCUGUGAUUCAUUUUUUGUACUAAUAGUGUGAUAGAAAUUGGCAAUAGCCGCAAAUGUGACAAAUGGCCAAAGAGGUGCAAUAACUAAUCACUAUGUCCUUUUGUUUGAGCCAGAAUUGUUGUAAGGGUACUGCAACCACUGUGUCCCCUCUCCACAAAACAUCCGUGAAUGAAGAACAGACAUCUUUUUAUCACAUAUAAAUGUUGAAAAAGACACAAAAAGCAUUUUUAAGUGUCCAUUAUGUUUACUUUUUGUUUGUGCCACCUUCUAAGAACAGGGUUACUUAGUCGACUCCGGUGCUAGUCUAUUUUCCCAGUGUUGCAGAAGCAUAAAAAGAGCAAGUUUUUCACCUUUGAUGAAAUGCCAUUCUGCAGGAAUUUAACGUAAUGCACCAUUUAAAUGUGGGACUUGCGUUUGUGGCGCACAUGGGAACACUAUGCAGUCCAAAUACUUUGUUGUUCACAUUUCUGGGCCUUGUUUGCAUGAGAAUAAACAAAUUUGCUUUUGAAUAAUGCAGUUUUAUGGCAUGCUUUCUGGCUUGUGUACUUGAAUCUAAGUCUGUCUGACACCUUCCAUUAGCUGGUCCUUUCUUUUAGACUUUCACAAGCUGUCCAUCUUAGUGCUUUGUCUCAAGAG